AGGUGCGAGAGCGGGCUGCGGCCCCAGCCGAGACCUGGGCAGAAGUUUCUGCGGGGCGGGGAGCGCUGCAGCAGCUGUGCCCACAGAAGCGGCGGGGCCGGAGCCGCCCCCGGCCGCAGCAAGGCACGGAGGGGGAUGUAGUCCGCGGGCGGCGGCGCGGGGCUGCCUACACUUCCCAAGGUGCCGCCGUGCCGUGCCGAGCCGAGCCGAGCCGUGCCGUGCCGAGCCGGGACUGCGGGUGCCGGCACCUGGCGGCGGGGGCGGAGCGCGGCCCCGCUGCGCGGCGGCGGGCGGGGACGGGGCCGCCCGCGGGCGCGGUGACGGCGGCAGAGGCGGCAGAGGCGGCAGCGGUCCCUCCUGCGCGCCAUGAGCACCGGCACAGUUUCACAACCACAGGCUGUGCAUAGCCAGCUGGAGAAGCCAUCAAGUACUGCAAUUCUCUGCAAUACCUGUGGAAAACCAUGCAAAGGAGAAGUUUUGAGAGUUCAGAACAAAUAUUUCCACAUUAAAUGCUUUGUUUGCAAAGCAUGUGGAUGUGACCUGGCUCAAGGAGGAUUUUUUGUGAGACAGGGAGACUACAUCUGUACUUUGGACUACCAGAGACUCUAUGGCACACGAUGCUUCAGUUGUGAUGAAUUCAUUGAGGGAGAAGUGGUCUCAGCACUGGGGAAAACCUAUCACCCAGACUGUUUUGUGUGUGCUGUCUGCAGGUUGCCUUUCCCUGCGGGUGACCGGGUAACUUUUAAUGGGAAGGAAUGCAUCUGCCAGAAAUGUUCCCUGCCCCCUUCCAGCAGCACUGGCUCUUUCCCUGUACAGAACCUGCGAAAUUGUGGGGGUUGUGGUUCAGAAAUAAAAAAUGGUCAGUCCCUGGUCGCCUUGGACAAACAUUGGCAUUUGGGCUGUUUUAAGUGCAAUACAUGUGGCAAGCUACUGAAUGCAGAGUAUAUCAGCAAGGAUGGGGUUCCGUACUGCGAGACGGACUAUCACGCCAAGUUUGGGAUCAGGUGUGACAACUGCGAGAAGUACAUCACAGGAAGAGUGCUCGAGGCAGGAGAAAAGCAUUAUCACCCAACCUGCGCACGAUGUGUCAGGUGCAAUCAGAUGUUUGCAGAAGGAGAAGAAAUGUAUCUUCAAGGAACAUCCAUUUGGCAUCCAGUUUGUAGACAGGCUGCAAAGGCUGAAGAAAAAAACAAGGAAAUUAGGACUUCCUCUGAGAGUAUUAUUUCUGUACCUGCUUCAAGUACAUCAGGUUCCCCAAGCCGUGUGAUCUAUGCAAAGCUUGGAGAUGAAAUUCUUGACUACAGGGACUUGGCUGCUCUUCCUAAAAAUAAAGCCAUCUAUAACAUUGACCGCCCAGAUAUGAUCUCCUAUUCUCCAUAUAUCAGUUACUCUUCAGAUGACAGGCAUAGUUACGGGGAGUCACCUCAGUUGCUCUCUCCAACUCCUACUGAGGGUGACCAAGAUGACAGAUCUUUCAAGCAGUACAGGACAUCAAGUCCCAGCUCUGCUGGCUCCCUGGGCUAUGGUCGGUACACCCCCACCUCCCAUUCUCCUCAGCACUACAGCAGACCAGGCAGUGAAAGUGGUCGGAGCACUCCAAGCUUAUCCAUGUACUCUGACAGCAAAUCUUCACCUUCUGUCUAUCAGCAGGCUCCUAGGCAUUUCCAUAUUCCAGCAGCAAGAAGAUCAGAAGGGGAGGAUGGAAGCUUGGAUCAGGACAGUAAGAAGCUCAAGACCAGCUGGCUGAUUCUGAAGGGGGAUGUGGACACCAGAACCAACUCGCCGGACUCGGAGACGCGCUCACUGUCCCUCACCGGCGGCAGCGACCGCGCGCAGGAGGGCACGGCCGCCGGCGGCUCCCGAUUUCCAUAUUCCAAGUCUGCUUCUCUACCUGGCUAUGGAAAAAAUGGCUUACAUCAGCCUGAAACCAUGGGCCAGUAUGAAACGGACCAGGAGGCAAGCUGGGGAAUGAAAGAAUACAAGGUAAGAAGGGCUUUUCCAACACUGGAAGAACAAUCAGAUUCAGCACUUCCUAGCAAGAUUUAUCCUUAUGAAACACUUAUUGUAACAAACCGAGUUCGUGUGAAAUUGCCUAAGGAUGUGGACAGGACCAGGCUGGAGAGGCAUUUGUCCCCUGAAGAGUUCCAGGAAGUCUUCAAAAUGAGUAUUGAGGAAUUUGAUCGUCUGGCACUUUGGAAGCGGAAUGACCUGAAGAAAAAGGCCCUGCUUUUCUAAACCCUCCCGGAUAAAAUAUGUGCUUAAUCAAAACAAAAAUAGUCUUGCCAGAACUAUCACAUGCACUUGCUGUUGAACCAUUGUCCAGCUUCAUUGUGUUAGUAUGUGUCGGGGAAACAUGACAGAUUAGAUGGUAAUGUGUUGGGAUACAGAGAAUUUGCUAAUCUUGCAUUUCCAGCUGGUUUUGUCAGUAACUCCUGAUCCUACCCAGUUUACAAUGUGCAAAAAAAAAAUCUAGCUUUAAAUUUAUUGUUGCUUGCAUUUGUUGCUUGAUGCAGAUGGAAAUUCUGAAAGGAAGGAAGGAAAGUGUAGCUGUAUGCAGGAAAUGCAUGCAACAUUUUGUUCCAUUCAGUUUUGUAAUACAAUUUUUACAGAUUCAAUUAAGAAAUUACUAUAGAAAUUUUCCAGCGGGGGAUCAGAUGCUAUUAAAAAUAUGGUAAAAGCCAAAGAAACGCAUAUCUGCAAGCAAUUAUUGCAAUUGUUUAUCCGUGGUACUUUUUAAGAAUGAAAGCAGAAAUAUGGAAGCACCUUAAUUCUACUUCUUAUAUUUAAACACAGCGUACUCUUUAAAAAGAUCAUAUUUGUCUAGAAGGUAACUAGCUAUCUUUAAUUACAACACCAGAGAUUUUAUUUUAUUAAGAAUAUAUUGUGACAUAAAAGGGUUAUAGUUACUAAAAUGUAUACAGACCUACUAAGAUUUAGUCCCAUUCAUCAGGAAAACUGAAGCCUUAUACAAAACUGGUUUAAGAGUGUAUUGUGCCAGUUGACUCUGUUUUCCUACUAGUUUGGGGUGUUUGAAGAAUGGUUUUUUUACAUUUCAUGCUGAUAAAAGACCAUGUAAUCUUAAUUACUAUAUAGAUAGAUAUAUCUAUCUAUACAAGAAUUAUUUUCAUUAAUAUAUGUCCUAAGUGAAGGCAUUCUUACUUUUUCAACUCUCCAGCUUUACACAGUAAGCCAUGAGAACUGUGAUGGCAUUUGGUAGAUGUGGAAGUGGAACAGUUCAGCAUAAAAUGUAACAAAAAAGCUUGGUGUGCUCUAUCAGUAAUACAGACAAUUAGAAUCAAAUACAUAAAACCCUCAUGCAUUACUAUUUGCAUGUUUCUGUACAAAUCAAUUUGAAAAAAGAACAAACUAUGUGAUACUGGUGCAGUACCUUGAAACUAUCUUAAAUAACAAGCAAAGCUAACAGAAUCUAAGCAUUUGAUAUAAGUGUUAGACCUUAAUUUCUCUUCCAGCUGAAAGACUGUAUUAAAUUUAAUAGUUUCAUUUGGUCAGAGGUAUGGUUGCUGACAAAGAAUGUUUUAAAGUGAGUUGCUAGUUUUGUGUGAUACUAAAUGAGCAUUACAAAAAGUACAUUUUUCAGCCAUGUGUCAGUAUUCUGCAUUUUUACUGCCUUGGAUGUUUGUACUCACCUCCUACUUCACUCUGUCUUUUUGCAUUUCCUUAAGGUAACUGGUUAAUAUAUGCACUACAACACACUAUUUCAACUGACCCAGCAGUGGAAAAAUCAUAGCAUUCAACAUGCCUUCUUCCAACUAACAUUCAAAGUCCAUGCUGUUGGAAAUAAAUAUUUUCUCAUGACAUAAAUGUUUUGUCUGAUGAUACAAAUGUUUAAAAAAAAUCAUUAAAACAAAGACAUAACUGAAUGACUUUGCUAAUGUGUGUAUAAUUUUUUAGAUCACAUUGCUGCUCUGCAUAGGGUUUUCCUGUGAUAUUAAUGUAAUUAAUAUCUAAUUUGCAUUAAAUUUGCUCACUGAGGAGAGCAUUGAGUGUCUGAAUGUCAAGUUACU